AUGCCGCUGACGCAGCCCCUGCGGUGCAGGGUCCCUCCAGUACCAUCUUCACCCUCUUCGCCCUCGACGCUUCGUCUGUCGCCCUCUCGCUGGCGUGUUUCACGCUCCUCCGUCGUUCUCCUCUCCCUCCGCCAUAAGAACACCUUUCCUUCCACCUUGUCCUCCGCCAAUGCCCGAUUCGUCAUCCCGCGUCCUUCCUCCAUAACCACCACCAAGACAACGACCAUCACGCAUCACAGAACCACCGUCCCCCAAAUGGCCAGCCAAACUAGAGGCCACGGUGGUCACGGCCACCAUCACCACCACCACCACCAUCACCAUGGAAAUGUCUACCUCACCUCCACGAACAAAGACGAUGCUGGGGUCCGCAUUACGCGCAUUGGCCUGGUUGCCAAUCUGGCCAUGGCCAUUGGGAAAUUUAUCGGAGGCUACAUCUUUCAUUCCCAGGCCUUGAUCGCCGACGCCUACCACGCCCUCACCGAUCUUGUCUCUGAUUUCCUUACCCUCGGCACCGUUGCCUGGUCCCUGAAACCCCCGACCGAACGCUUCCCCAACGGAUACGGAAAAAUCGAGAGUAUCGGCGCGUUAGGAGUGAGCAGUCUCUUACUGUGCGGCGGCGUCUUCAUGGGACUCAAUUCCGGUCAAGUCCUGCUGGAUCAGUUCUACCCCGAGGCCGCGUCCACGCUCUCGCAUGUGGCCGCCAUCGGACACGGUCAUUCCCAUAGCCAUGGGGUCGAGUCCCUCGGGCCCAGUAUCCACGCCGCCUGGCUGGCGGCCGGAUCGAUUGUCGUGAAGGAAUGGCUCUACCAUGCGACGAUGAAAGUGGCCAACGAGCGCAAGUCGUCCGUGCUGGCCUCCAAUGCCAUCCACCACCGCAUCGACUCGCUCACGAGUAUUGUCGCGUUGUUUACCAUCGGGGGAACGUACAUCUUCCAAGACGCCUCCUGGCUGGAUCCUGUGGGCGGUCUGCUCAUCUCGUUGAUGGUCAUCAAGGCCGGAUGGGGCAACACGGCGACCUCGCUGCUGGAACUGGCCGACACUACCGUCGACGCCGAUAUCAAGGAGUCCGUGGAGAAGGCGGCGGCCAAAGCGAUCGCUAAUAUGUCGGACGGGGGCUCUAUCCACAUCCGCGACGUCCAGGGCAUGAAGUCGGGACAGAACUACCUGAUGGACGUGGAGCUGGCGGUGCCGGGCGCAUGGCCCAUCCGCCGGUCGCGGGAGAUCGAGGAAGCCGUCCGGGCGGCCAUUGGGGGGAAAGUCCGGGGUGUGAAGCGGGUGAAGGUGCGCUUUAUCCCAUCGGAGCAGGAGGAGUUGACCUUUUCGGAGGAAUUCAUCCCCCCGGAGGUGACGUCGCGAGCGAGUCCGGAGCCGGAGAACGGAGAUGCGGACAGCGCGGGACAUGACUCGACCACACGCAAGAGGCGUUGA